CUGUUGAAGAUGCAAAUUAACAUCAAGAAAUGCAGCUUAGAGCUAAAAGAGAAGAGUAAGCAGAUCCUUGUAAAGAGCAUGAAGAAGGCUUGUUCCACAAGGUGGUUGAGUUUUGACAAGUCUGUUGCUGCCCUGUAUCAAGAAUACGAGGCUGUCCUUCAUACCCUUCAAGCUUUGGAGGAAGGUGGCUGUGCUACAGCUCAUGGCCUGCUCAAGAGGCUGAAAGAGGGAAAAUUCAUUGGAGUGCUCUUCAUUUUGAAAGAUGUCCUGCCAGUCCUGUCCAAUCUGUCAAAGGCAUUUCAAGGUGGAUCAGUGGCCUUCUCUCAAAUUGUUCCCCUGAUUAAUGCAACCAAAGCCAGUCUUGAGGAGCUACUGGAAACCAGCUCUCCAGUGCAGAAGUUUUUAGAAGCUCUUGAUUCAUAUACCAACAUCUGCGACGAUCUCAAGGUGUCUAUUGCACAGCAACAACAGCUGCACCGCUUACAGGAGCAAUAUAUCACCAGUAUGGUUGCAAAUGUUGAAGCUCGAUUUGCUAGCAGUUCUCCUCUACUUGCAGGACUCAAGAUUUUCGACCCUUUGGCUGUGCCAGAAAGCAGUGAGUUGGGUUUCGAUGUCUAUGGGAACAGGGAUAUUUCUACUCUUGCUCAGCACUUUUACUGGGGUGAUGGUGAUGCUUCCCAGAAGACCAGAAGUAGCAAACUAUUUGCAGAGUGGCAUCAAAUGAAAUUUAACAUCAAUGACAACAUCAAGCCCAACAUUCCCAUUGAAAUCAAGACGGAAAAAAGCAGUACCACCAGCACACAGUGGUUUCUGAGUCAGCUUAUGAAAGUCCGAGUAUCAACCCUUUUUUGGAGAGCUCCUCCUCAUAGCAGAAACUGCAAUCACCCUGCCAGUGAGCAAUGCAUGGCCUGAAAGAGGUGCAAGUGCUCUCAAAAUUGUAAAGAACCGAUGUAGAAGCCAUCUCCAAAAUGACAUGCUUGAGGAAAUGCUUCAUGUAAAGAUCAAUGGGCCAGCAUUGGGCAGUUCAAAGAUGGUGUCUCUUGUGACCUGAGCUGUUCAGUCGUGGCUGGACAAAAGAACAGAAAGAAGCUCCCAAGAAGGCAAGGUCCACUUCACACUGCCACAGAAGCUCCUCUUCCAGUAAACAAUCCAAAGGAGGUGGCUGAUGUUUCGGUCCAGACAGAUAUGGUUGAGGAAAAUGCCAUUCAAGAAAUUGAGCAUGAAGUUGAGGAAGUGUCAACUCUGUUAGACAUCUCACCUGUACUGCCAGACAGUGAUUAUUAUGACAGUGCAUUUGAAUCUGACACUGAUUUCUAGAAAGCUGAGAUAUUUGAUUAUUUGAUGACAAUUAUUGUUUUGGAAAUUUGGACGCUUUAUGACACGAUUAGUUAUGUAACCUAAUUAGCUAUGACAGCCAAUGUACAUAUUAUAGUUGUUGAUAUACAAACUAUAGCCUGUUAUUAUUAUAUGAAGUAUUUACCAUUGUUCCUGAACAGCUUAUGGGUUAAUUUCUAUAAUUAUUGACAGUACAAUAUCAAUCACAUUAAUUCAAAGUUUAAAUGUUUUGCCAUCUUAUCUUGACAAACCUGGAAUAAUUUGUGAAUGAAAGAUAUCUUUUGACAUGUUAUUGCAAAUGAUAGUAAAUCAAGUUGGUAAAAAUGAGAUAUAAUUCUCACCCUUCAGGUCCCCCAGAUUGCACCAAAUCACACCAUUGAGCAUCUAAAUUUCAAGAAUUUCCCAGGGGGGGGGGGGAUGCCCCUGGACCCCCCCACAUGCUCGCACCCUAUGGGCGCUCGAAAGGUUGCCUUCAGCAACCAAACCGCCUCCAACUUUAAUAUAGCCUCCUCCUCAGAAACAUUUUGAGAAGGCUGCUUAUGUAAUAUGAAGAGGAUCUGCUCAUCAUAAAACAAACCAUUGUACUUAUUUAUAUAUAUGUAGCCUCUAUAACUCGUAGAACAAUAGUAUGGUCAACUGUGGUCAAUUCAACCACCAUACAUGUUUAGAAAAUAACCCAAAGCAAAUAAGUGCGCUCUUUGGUUUAAAACUGUGUUUCUAUAACUCGAUACAAACAUGGUACAUGUUUUCUGUUUCUAAAAUGUAUCCAUAUAUUGUCUGCUUGUAGUGCAAGAAAAUAAUU